AAACAGUACAGGUUCAGCCUAGUUUUUCCUCCAAUGUCAUAAUUGUAUUAUGAUUAUAGUCUUUUAUACAAUAAAUGAAAAAAAUUAGGUCUCAAUACUGAUUAGUUCAAGUACUCGUAUCUAAACAGAAGAAAGUAAAUUGUACUUUAUUCAUAGAUUACCAUAAAUAGAUGUAAUAAUUUCUUAGGGGAAAAAUGAAAGAUAAGAUGUUAUAGCUUGUUCCUUUUUUAAUGAAGAUUCAAUUUAUGAAUCAGAGUUAAGAAUUCUUCUCGUCAAUGUCAAGAGAUUCUCUUCUGAAACAUGUGAAAGAAGAAUAGACAUUUCAAAGCUUUACUGCAUUUCAAAUAAUAAAGAAGGAAACACUUUUCAAAUUUGAAUAAUAUUAGUUGAAUAGAAUCAAUAGAUUUAAUACCUAUAAAGUUGAACCUCAGACUAUAGGGUUAGUUUGGAAGUUAUGGUCUGUCAUCUUGGCUGUGUUCUAUUAAGACUAUGGUUAAUCAUCGGGAAUUCAUAAUCAAGCGAUUACAUCUUUAUCUGGGUCUAAUAACAUGAACUUAGUCCAUUUUCCAUAAUAUUUUGCGAGAGUUACCGAAUUUAAACAAAAAUUCUUAGAAGUCGCAAAGGCUAAACUUCAAUAUAAGUUUACAGCUAAAUGAUUUUAUUUUUACGUAAAAUUGUCCGUGAAAACUGAACUGUCUCAUACUUUUCAUGAUUGUAUAAAUUUCAUCACAACUCAAUCAAUUAUUUAGUGACUCAACUUCGUACGACGUGGUCAAUCUUCAAUAAAACCCUUUGCUCCUAUUUUUCAUGAACAAUCUUAUCUGGAAUUCGGAAAAUGGCCAGGCUUCAGAAUUUCUAGAAGCAUGUAUUGUGCUGUUUUAAUCCAUAGUGUAUUGUACUCAUAGAUUGAUACUAUUGUAAUACUCAAAUAAAAUCAUUAUCAUUCUCUUAAAUUAUUCGUUUCAAAGUGGUCUCCGAUCGUGAGUAGAUCAUAUGAAGAUUAUUUCUUUUUCAAAUUUAGCUCUUAUAAAUUUGCUUUGCAGCCUAAUUUUCAACAAUUUAUUAAUGUUUUUAAAACGGUUGUUAAUCCCAUUCGAUUAUAGGUUGUCUUGCAAGUUAUGUUGGAAAUUUAGAUUUUGAACUCAUAAAUCACUAUGCGUCCCACGGAGUAUUAGAAUACAGAAACGUAGAUGGUUUUGACUUCAUUUUUUAUGUUUUAAUUUAUAAAUUUUAUACAAUAUCUCCUCUGUGGUUGACAAGUUUGAUAGUUUCUCAGGAUAGAGCUCUUGAUUACACAGCUAAGAUGGUAGACAACAUUUUCAAAAUUUUCGCAGGUUUUAUACCAUUUCAGGUUAGAACCCCCCCCCCCACCACCAUCAUAGACAUCGCAGCAUCACGUAAGGUAGGAUAUUUUUUUACUCAUUCGUGUGCUGAUGUUCUUCUCACUGAUAAAAUGAAUCAAACAAAUGCCAAACCAAAUCGUUGAACCCGGGUUCGAUUCUCGGUUUGGACUGGCAUUUUCUCAUGAUACAAAAUUUGAAUUCUGCUUAAAUUCACAAUAUAUAUCAACUUCAAACUGUCUUUGAAAAAAAUAAUAAGCUGUUGGGCUGGUAUUUAUUUCUGCACUAUUUCUAUUGAUCACUGAUCUAUCAUAGAAAUAGCAAAAUUCAGUAUUUAAUAAUAUACUGUGGCUUCAACAUUAUGGUGAUUUAUUUCUUUGCGAAAAAUUUUACCAUUUAAAAAAUCUCAUUUUAUCAGUAGUUUUGGUGGAUCAUUUCCUGCAUGCUUUAUUCACUCUUGUCAUUUUUAAUCAAAUCGAUGUUUCCGUUUAUUGCAGUAAAUGCGGAAUAAUAUAAUUAUGCCGUUUCAAAUUUUAAUAUUUUGUAAAUAACGUUACCAAUUCGGGUCGGUUCAUAGAGAUGUUAACCGUUUUGUUAUGUAGCGUUAUCAAUUCGGGAAUAAACAUUGAAUUAAUUAAAACGGGAAUGAAAGCUCACUUUAACUGUAUUUUACAGCAUUUCGGGAUGAUGCUAACAAUACUAAUUUAUCGGUUUAGUCGCUUAAAAAUAUCUGUUGCAUUAUUUUCCGGAGUUUGAAGUUUCCAGGAAUUCUACUUUAAUAGAUCAAACUUACUUUUCAACUUUUGGAAGAAUGUUGGUGUUUCCUUUUGAGCGUUUGUCUGAUACACCUAUAAGGAACCUGCCGUGAUUAGCAGUAAGUUGCUGAAUGGAGUUUCUUCAACUAAAUGGUGUGUAUUUUUGUUCUAAUCUCCAUAUUUUAGAUUAAUUUCCAAGGUUAUUUGAAAAAUUUCUCAUGUAAAGGUAACAAGGUAUAAAUGGUAAAGGUAAACGAGGUAUAAAUGAUAAAGGUAAACAAGGUAACGGUAAAAAUGGUAAAGGUGAAAAAUUAAUUUUAUUAAUUUGUCGCCAUGUAUAUUUUAUCAAUUACUCUACACAAUGCAAUUAUUGUUUUGAUCUUUCCUAAUUUUCAAGUGAUCAAGUGUGUUGACUUAGGGACUUCAACAGGCCCAUUUCAACUUUUAUUAUUUAUGCGGAUAGUUUAUAAUAUUAUUUUACAUUUUCUUAUAUAAUAUUCAUUGAGUUUGUCGUAUAUUUAUGCUUGAUUCUUGCUUCUACCGAUCUUCUAAUUGGCAACAUUUUUUUCAAUCCUUCAAUCUUCUAGAAUUUUUCAAAAUUAUUGUCUGUUAAAAUUUGAAUAUUUUUACUUUGGUUCUCAUUUUCAAAUUCUCUGCUGAUUAAAGACAUUGAAGUAUACAAUAAAACGUCUUUAAGGAACUCAAAACAAAGCAGUUUUUCCAUUAAAAGAUUUAAACAAAUUUGAUUGCUACAAAUUAUAGUUUUAUGUAGUUUUGACAUAUUUUCGGACAAACACAUCCCUAUAUGUAUGUAUGUAUAAACCUAAAAAAUUAAUUAAUUACUCGAUAGUAAAAACACUGUAGGCGAACUACCCAAAUUGUAUUUCACUAUUACGUUGAAAAGUCAGACCCAGUCAAAUUUAUUAACAUAUUAGAAGAUCGGUUGCAACUUGUAUAAUGUGUGUAUUUAAAGUCUCUUUCAGCUUCCUACCAAAUUCAGACUGUACUAUGCAGGCCACAGGAGCUAUAUAAAUGAAAACAGCUACAUUUAGAUUUGUAUGCAAGUAUGAGGGAUUUGUAUGUGGUAUCUUUGAAAUUGACAACAUUCUAAUUCAAUCAAAUAUAUUCUCAGGACUGUUUGACUUGUAUGAGAAUAUUGUCUGAUCUGUCUUGUAUCACAAACAAAUUCCUCGUACUAGUGCAUGCAAGUUUAUCUUUGGUGAUAGAUUGAGACAGAGAUAUGAAUAACAAUCGAGAGUGAGUGAGCUGACAACAUCAUAUGUAUCAACUGAUGCUAGAUUUGGGCAGUUCUCACACUCUCAUAAUUAUUGUAUCUGAUAUCGCUGUAUGAAUCUGUCGCUAUUGAUGCUCCUGUGGCCUGCAAAAUACUAGUCUCCUCAAGAGACAGCCCAGAGAUGAAAGAGAAGGAGGGGAAAAUAGUACUUCAACUACUCCAAUUGAGUUUUUCCAAUGAAGAUGAACGAGAAGGGAACGACAAGAAGAAGGAAAGAAAGAGAAGGGGUGUGCGUCGUGGUCGUGGAGGUCCGGAGGACUCACCAAUGAGGGAGGAGAGAACUACACGAAAGGAAACCUGGAAACCUCUUCAACGGGAAGGAAGAUCAUGCUCAUCACUGUUUGGAUCAGAUUGGACGGAACUUUUGGCUCUUUACUUCUGGAAUCUACCUACCACUGGAUCACCUGGGACUUCUUCACCAUUUGGAACCGCAACAAGUGACUGCAUUUUCUUGUUCAACAUACGGAAUUCCACACUCCAGGAUAAGGGAUCAUUUUCUUCAAAGUUCGGAAUUUGACCUGAAAAAAUAUGGACUUAAAUUAAUAAUAGAACUCUAUGCUGUUUCAAUUAGGAAUUACCAGUUUCAGCAUAAAUUUUACUUUUGUAAUAAUUUUAGUAAUGCUUGAAAUCGAAAUAAAUUGUUGCAAUAGAGAAGAACAGGACGUAAAAAAAUUUAAUAUUUUUCACAUUUCAUUGAUUGAAAAACGUUUAUUUUUUUAUAUUUUCCAGUUGCCCUAGUUUGAAAAUAAUUGAAUUUUAUUUCAAAACAUUCCUGAUCUCAAUUAUAUUCUUAUAUAUUAGUUAUGUUUGAUUAUGUAUUACUUAUGUUUGAUUAAUUUAUUCUAGGUUUACUUUUCAUACCUAUUAAUUUAUGUUAGAGUUCUUUGUUCAUUAAGACUUCUUCUGACCAUGAACUCUUGAGCAACUUUUUUGUAAAAUUAUUAUUUAACUCUGCUGAUUGUAUGUGAAAUAACUGAAUACCUAAAAGCUGGUUCAAAUUAAUUAAAUUAAGUUUAAUUGCCGUAGAGUAAUAAUGUGUUUGAACUUCAUUUGACUUGAAAUUAAUUUGCAUUCAAUUUAAUA